GCGCAGUAUUCUGUUUCCAGCCACCUAUACUGAGUACAUGGAGUACAUGUGAUAAUUGAAUGGCGGAGAUGUUGUGUUGUUAUCAUUCGAAAAAUAAAAGAUGAAGCUCAAUUCUCAGGUGACAAGCAUAUAAUUUUAAUGAAACAAAAUGCGAGAGGUCAUAUCGAUCCACAUCGGGCAGGCUGGUUGCCAAAUUGGAAACGCCUGCUGGCCAUUGUUCGCACUGGAGCAUGGCGUACUGGCCGAUGGCAAAGUAUCCUCACGUGCCCACGAUACCGACGAUACGAUGGGCACGUUUUUCCACGACACUCGAUCGGGACGGGUCGUGCCGCGCAACCUGUUCCUAGAUCUGGAGGAGUCCGUAAUAGACGAGAUCAAAGUUGGGCCGUAUCGGGAUCUGUAUCAUCCGUUGUAUAUGAUCAGCGGUAAGGAAGAUGCUGCGAAUAAUUACGCCCGAGGACACUACACGGUCGGCCGGCAGAACAUCGAGCAGGUUUCGAACGCCGUACAGAAACUGGCGGAGCAAUGCGAUGGACUGCAGGGAUUUUUAUUUUACCGAUCGUUUGGAGGAGGUACCGGAUCGGGGUUCUCGUCCCUGCUGAUGCAUCAAAUUGCGAUGGACUUUGGAAAGAUAUCAAAACUGGAAUUUUCUGUGUAUCCUGCCCCGAUGAUCUCAACGGCCGUCGUGGAACCUUACAACACUGUGCUGACCACACAUACCACAAUGGAAUCGUCGGACUGUUGCUUCAUGAUGGACAACGAAGCCACCUACGACAUAUGCUCCAAAAAUCUCCAGAUUGGAAGACCAGACUAUCGGCAUUUGAACGCCCUGGUGGCACAAAUCGUAUCAUCCGUAACGGCCUCGCUACGCUUCAAGGGAACGAUGAACGUGGAUCUGAACGAGUUCCAGACCAAUUUGGUUCCCUACCCGAGGGUGCAUUUCCCUUUGGUGUCGUAUGCGCCACUUUUAUCGGCGUCCAAAGCCCAGCACGAACUGUCAUCCGUAUCGGAGAUCACCAACGCAGCGUUUAGUCCCCAGAACACGAUGGUCAAGUGCGAUCCCCGAACUGGGAAGUACAUGGCCUGUUGCCUGCUCUAUCGAGGCGACAUCGUUCCCAACGAUAUCAACAAUGCGAUAACCGCCAUAAAGAACAAACGAAACAUCAUGUUCGUCGAUUGGUGUCCCACGGGGUUCAAGAUAGGUGUCAACCAACAGCGGCCGUACACACUGCCCGGAGGAGACCUCGCCAAACCAAAGCGGGCCGUUUGUCUUUUGUCAAACUCGACGGCCAUUGCAGGAGCGUGGGAACGGAUGAACUAUAAGUUUGACCUCAUGUAUAGGAAGCGAGCGUUCGUCCACUGGUAUGUUGGCGAGGGCAUGGAGGAAGGCGAAUUCAGCGAAGCACGUGAAGAUCUAGCUGCUCUGGAGCAGGACUAUGUGGAAGUUAGUUGCGAUAGGGGUGGGGAGGAUGAAACUUUCGGUGAUGAUGAGUAUUAGGAUAGUUAUAUUGCAGAUUUGGGGUAUGUUUUGUAAAUCAUUUAUGUUAAGUAUAAGUUCAAAAAAAUACACAUUUGUCAUUUUU